GGCCGCCGGAGCGUGUGCGCCGCCCGCGGUCCGGUCACGUCCCCGCGCGGGCGCCGCCGCCCGCGUAGUGCGGAACGAGGGCGCCCGGGCCCGCGCUCGCCGUCUCUCCCCGCCCCGCCCCGCCUGGAGCAGCUCGGCCGGAGCACCGCGCCGCGGCCCGGAGGUGGAGGGCGGAUGCCCGAGGCAGGGGGGCCGCAGGGAGCGCCCACUGCACCGGUAGCGGCGGCCAGCCUCCGGCCGCGCUCAGCAGCAUCACCACAGCAACCUGCGACCAGGCGGCAGCAGCCUAGGCAGGCCGAGCAGACUGCUUCCCACCAUCGAGAGGACAGAGAGUGACUGUGGUGAAUCAGGCCCCACGGUGGCCCAGGGAGCUGGAGUGUCACUAGAGGGAGGGCGUGGCCACCUCCCGCACCGCGCAAGCGCCAUGCCGGCUGGAGAAGAGGCACUGGGGCAGGGACUGCAGCGCGGCACAGCCUUGCCCCUCCACGCACGCUGAGCGCCUCGAGGGCAGCUGGACUCCAUCUGUCGGGCGGUCUGUCGGCCACACCGCCCGCGUCUCAGCGUCCCCGCCUGGUGGCGACAAGGAGAGGCGCCCUGUCCCUGCUCCGCCUCUGGGCCCGCCGCUGCCGGACCAUGGGAUGUCGGCAAAGCUCAGAGGAGAAAGAGGCGGCACGGCGGUCCCGGAGAAUCGACCGCCACCUGCGCUCGGAGAGCCAGCGGCAGCGCCGUGAGAUCAAGCUCCUCCUGCUGGGCACCAGCAACUCCGGCAAGAGCACCAUCGUGAAGCAGAUGAAGAUCAUCCACAGCGGUGGCUUCAACCUGGAGGCCUGCAAGGAGUACAAGCCCCUCAUCAUCUACAACGCCAUCGACUCGCUGACCCGCAUCAUCCGCGCCCUGGCAGCCCUCAAGAUCGACUUCCACAACCCUGACCGUGCCUACGACGCCGUGCAGCUCUUCGCCCUGACAGGCCCCGCUGAGAGCAAGGGCGAGAUCACGCCCGAGCUGCUGGGCGUCAUGCGGCGGCUGUGGGCCGACUCGGGGGCGCAGGCCUGCUUCGGGCGCUCCAGCGAGUACCACCUGGAGGACAACGCCGCCUACUACCUGAACGACCUGGAGCGCAUCGCUGCGCCCGACUACAUCCCCACGGUCGAGGACAUCCUGCGCUCCCGGGACAUGACCACAGGCAUCGUGGAGAACAAGUUCACCUUCAAGGAGCUCACCUUCAAGAUGGUGGACGUGGGCGGGCAGAGGUCAGAGCGCAAAAAGUGGAUCCACUGCUUCGAGGGCGUCACAGCCAUCAUCUUCUGUGUGGAGCUUAGCGGCUACGACCUGAAGCUCUAUGAGGACAACCAGACGAGUCGGAUGGCAGAGAGCCUGCGCCUCUUCGACUCCAUCUGCAACAACAACUGGUUCAUCAACACCUCGCUCAUCCUCUUCCUGAACAAGAAGGACCUGCUGGCGGAGAAGAUCCGGCGCAUCCCGCUCACCGUGUGUUUCCCCGAGUACAAGGGCCAGAACACCUACGAGGAGGCCGCCGUCUACAUCCAGCGGCAGUUCGAGGACCUGAACCGCAACAAGGAGACCAAGGAGAUCUACUCCCACUUCACCUGCGCCACCGACACCAGUAACAUCCAGUUUGUCUUUGACGCGGUGACAGACGUCAUCAUACAGAACAAUCUCAAGUACAUAGGCCUUUGCUGAGGAGCCGGGCCAGCCUGUUUGUCUGUGGUGAAACCCCCGGGGUGUCACAACCCCACUCGUGCUAGGGAGACCCAGCCCAGGGGCCGAAAACAGGGGGCCUGAAGAAUGUUCCGCCGCUCCUCCGCCUCCUUGGCCCCCACGUUUCCGCAAACAUACAUAUAUAUGGAUAGAUUGCUAGGUAGGUAGACACACACACACACACACACAGUCUGGAGAUGGCAAAGUUCCCCAAAGCAUUGAGGUCUCUUGAAGACUUGAGGAGCUGUCACCAAGUUCACAAGCCCUUCCUGCCCCUUCACUUUGCCUUCCUAAGUUCGGCCCUGCUCUGCAUGGGGGUUCACGCGGGACUACGGGGAGAGGCGGCCGGGUCACCUGGAGGAGACCAGCUCUGCCCGAGCUCCCGACUGGGGCCUUGCUGCUGAGCAGGAGGGAAACCAGCGCAGGGUUCCUGCACCUGUCCUGCUGGCCACGCCACCACUGGUCUCUGUACCACGGUCGUUCUGGAACCAGAGUAGGAGGCCAGACGACAGCACUAACCAGACCUCCAGCCACUCACAGCUCUUUUUAAACAGCUUCAAAAUAUGCAGCGAAAAUCCACACAAUAACGAGUGGCACGAUUUGUUUCAAACUAGGCCAGCUGGGUUCCAGCUUUUCUUCUACUAGUCUGUUUUAUAAAUCAAAACCUGGUUUUUCUUCUCUGACAUCUUUUUUUUUUUUUUUUGGCCAAAUCUCGUGGUGUUUCGCAGAAAAACAAAUACAGAAAAUUUCAGAUGCAGUUGAGUAUUCUUUUUUAAAUGCAGAUUUUCAAAACAUAUUUUUUUUUCAGGUGGUCCUUUUUGUGUCUGGCUUGCUGAGUGUAAAGUUCUUAUCUGGACGAGUCUGUUCCCUGCUCCCGAGCGAUGCGGGGCGGCCGGCGCCCUGCGGCAGCCUCGAGGGGCAGCGUUGUACAUACGCCCGUGCAGCAUCCUCUUGUUACUGGUGCGGUUUCUGCUUCGUUUUAUUUCAGAAAAUAAAUGUAAUGUAUUUAAAGAAGGUUCUUCAUCUGGAGAGAAUGAACAAUAGCUAACUGUCGUGGUACUUAAAGAGUAAAUUAUCCAUGGCUUUGCAAGUGGAGGAAGGGGAGGCGAGAGACGGGGCCCCGGGUGCCCACUGCAUCCUGUGAAGGCUCAGCCAGCAUGGGAGCCUGAGGGAGCCCUGCCCACCCCAGGGACCGGCGCCGCGAAAGGACCCCAGCUGAGGGCCGCUUGUGAAUAGGAGCCCACCGCCGCUGCUGCCACCGCCGAGAGGGAAGGCCCUGCCAGAGCCCCUGCCAAACCUUCUCUCUCAGCCUUUGUUCAGUACCCGUGUGUCCAAGGUCAGCGUGCGGAUCACAGCCAAGGACUGAAGAGACGGACAGAGGGAACGAGGAGCUGGUGAUGGGAUGAAAGUCAAAGAUGGUCUACUUUAAGAAAAUAAAAUCCCCUGAAUGAGCUGA